GCGCGGGAGGCCGCGCCGCGCUCUGUGAACUUGGAGCCUGGCGCGCGAGGCUCGCGCCGGGGAUGCGGCGGCGGCUGCUUCCUGGUUUGAAACUCGCGGAGGGGGGAGCGCGAGCCGGCGGGGGCGGGGGCAGGAGCAGCGGCAGGAGGCGGAGGAAGAGACGCUUGGGCUGAGCUAGCCGGACGGGUCGCUCCGGCUCUCGGCCGAGAGGAGCUUCCCGGCCCUGGAAAAGGGGCGAGUCCUGUGCGAGCCCCCGAGAAACGCCGCGCGCUCUCAGGGACAGUCGGGGUAGCCCGGACAGCUGAGGGCUCAGCGCCGGGCUCCCCUCCUUUCCACCUCGCGAGGGAGAGAGGGAGGGAAGGAGGGGAGGAGAAGGUCCCGCGGAGGAGGCGGAAUGGCCGGGCUCGGGGGGCUUGGGCGCUGCUCUUCCCAGGAACUGCCGCCGCUCCUGAGGCUGCCGCGAGGGCUGGCCUGAGCGGGGGCUCCAGGCUCUCCUGCCGCGAGCCAGCGUGCCCCCUCGGGGCUGCGGAGCCGGCAUGUCGUCGGGCACCAUGAAGUUCAAUGGCUACUUGAGGGUCCGCAUCGGCGAGGCCGUGGGGCUGCAGCCCACCCGCUGGUCCCUGCGCCACUCGCUCUUCAAGAAGGGCUACCAGCUGCUGGACCCCUACUUGACAGUGAGCGUGGACCAGGUGCGCGUGGGCCAGACCAGCACCAAGCAGAAGACCAACAAACCCACGUACAACGAGGAGUUCUGUGCCAAUGUCACUGACGGUGGCCACCUCGAGCUGGCCGUCUUCCACGAGACGCCCCUGGGUUACGACCACUUCGUGGCAAACUGCACCCUGCAAUUCCAGGAGCUGCUGCGCCCGGCAGGGGCCUCGGACACCUUCGAGGGUUGGGUGGACCUGGAGCCUGAGGGGAAAGUAUUUGUGGUAAUAACCCUAACAGGAAGCUUCACAGAAGCUACUCUCCAGAGGGACCGAAUCUUCAAACAUUUUACUAGGAAGCGCCAAAGGGCGAUGCGAAGGAGAGUCCACCAGAUCAACGGACACAAGUUCAUGGCCACAUACCUGCGGCAGCCAACCUACUGCUCUCAUUGUAGGGAAUUUAUCUGGGGAGUUUUUGGGAAACAGGGUUAUCAGUGCCAAGUGUGCACCUGUGUCGUCCAUAAGCGCUGCCAUCAUCUAAUUGUUACAGCCUGCACCUGCCAAAACAAUAUUAACAAAGUGGAUUCAAAGAUUGCUGAACAGAGAUUUGGAAUCAACAUCCCACACAAGUUCAACGUCCACAACUACAAAGUGCCCACGUUCUGCGAUCACUGUGGCUCCCUGCUCUGGGGGAUAAUGCGUCAAGGACUUCAGUGCAAAAUCUGCAAGAUGAAUGUCCACAUUCGAUGUCAGGCCAACGUGGCCCCGAACUGUGGGGUCAACGCAGCGGAGCUGGCAAAGACACUGGCAGGGAUGGGCCUGCAACCUGGGAACAUUUCUCCAACCUCGAAGCUCGUUUCCAGAUCCACUCUAAGACGACAGGGGAAGGAGAGCACCAAAGAAGGAAAUGGGGUUGGGGUGAAUUCUUCCAACCGACCUGGGAUUGACAACUUUGAGUUCAUCCGAGUGUUGGGGAAGGGGAGCUUUGGGAAGGUGAUGCUUGCAAGAAUAAAAGAAACAGGAGACCUCUAUGCCGUGAAGGUGCUGAAGAAGGACGUGAUCCUGCAGGAUGACGACGUGGAAUGCACAAUGACGGAGAAGAGGAUCCUGUCCUUGGCCCGGAACCACCCCUUCCUCACGCAGCUAUUCUGCUGCUUCCAGACCCCUGAUCGACUGUUUUUUGUUAUGGAGUUUGUGAAUGGAGGUGACUUGAUGUUUCACAUUCAGAAGUCUCGUCGUUUCGAUGAAGCACGUGCUCGCUUCUAUGCUGCAGAAAUCAUCUCAGCACUCAUGUUCCUCCACGAGAAAGGAAUAAUCUAUAGAGAUCUGAAACUGGACAAUGUGUUGUUGGACCACGAGGGUCACUGUAAACUGGCCGACUUCGGAAUGUGCAAGGAAGGAAUCUGUAACGGAAUCACCACGGCCACCUUCUGUGGCACCCCUGACUACAUCGCUCCAGAGAUCCUCCAGGAGAUGCUGUACGGGCCAGCAGUGGACUGGUGGGCAAUGGGUGUGUUGCUGUACGAGAUGCUGUGUGGCCACGCGCCCUUUGAGGCUGAGAACGAAGAUGACCUCUUUGAGGCCAUCCUGAACGACGAGGUGGUCUACCCCACAUGGCUCCACGAAGACGCCACUGGGAUCCUGAAAUCUUUCAUGACCAAAAACCCCACCAUGCGCUUGGGCAGCCUGAGUCAGGGCGGUGAGCACGCCAUCCUGAGACACCCUUUCUUCAAGGAAAUCGACUGGACUCAGCUGAACCAUCGCCAGCUGGAACCACCUUUCAGACCCAGAAUUAAAUCCCGAGAAGAUGUCAGUAACUUUGACCCUGACUUCAUAAAGGAAGAACCCGUCUUAACUCCCAUUGAUGAGGGACAUCUCCCUAUGAUUAACCAGGAUGAGUUUAGAAACUUUUCCUUUGUGUCUCCAGAAUUGCAACCAUAGCCUUAUGAGGCAUGAGAGGAGGUAUGAGAAUUAAAAGGGCCAGAGAUUUUCCUUUGUGGGGAACUCCCCUACAUGGACCAUAGAACAUGGCCCUUACCUUCCAGGAGCAGAUGGAGAGCGAUGAAGGACAGGCCUUCAUGAGACCAACUAUUUCAAAUCUUGAGCACUGGAAACUGUUGAUACAAAGUGAGACUGGAUGAAGAAAUGUACAUCUCAUCCUAGGCGUUACUGUGGCUAAUUCUGACUUAAGAAGUUGACAGGCGCCAAAAGGAGAGAAGAAAUAUGUGAAUAAAAAAACUAGAUCCUAGAAAUUCUGAGCCAAAUAGGCUACUUACUAAAGAGACAAAACUUUGUGUGGAGCUUUCUAUGCUCUUCUUUAAUCAAUGGGCCCCGAUGCAUGUAGUACUCAGGAUGUCUCUAAACUCUCGUGAAGAAUUUACAGAUAAGGAAACGAUGGCUUGCAAGUAGAAUGAUUUAUGCCGAAGAAACAAAAAAUGGUAUCCAUAAAACUCAACUUCAAGCCCAGUCUUGGAAACAGAUGUUGGACACCAGGGCCACUGCCACAGCUUGUUCUCUGAUUCCUCUUUCAUUGACAGAUAUUUAUUGAAUGCCAGUGAGAAGGUGCCACAAUAUCUAGUAUAAACAGAUUUGUGUUUGCAAAGCUUUCCUCGUAGAAUCCAUUAGUGUACUGGAACGGCGUUUGCAUUCUGUGAAAUGCCUCUCCGUGCCGCCCAGGUCCUACUUCUUUGUCUGCGCUUGACUUCUCCCAGGAGGAUCACUGCUACACAGCACUAGCUGCACAAUCAGCAGGCGACCCUAAGGGAUCUCGCUACUGUGAUCUGGGGGAUCUCCUCGUGGGGUGUCCGGUUGUUCUGGGUGCAUCAGUGAAGAGUCACAUGCCGUUUGUUUCAGUGACCAGACUGACAGCUUAUACAUUAUCAGUUAUUUAAGUUAUAUGUUAAAGAGACAAAGAUGUUUGUUUGGUUUGCAUUUUAAAAGUAAAGCGCUCUUAUAAGCAGGACAUUUACCACAGACAAACUGUAUAGUAUGUACCCCAAUACGCAAAUGAAGAAUUUUA